UUGAGGAUCGUGCAUACGAAUGAUAUGCACUCUAGAUUCGAGGAGACAUCGGCGCGGUCUACAAGCUGCUCCGGAAAAGACAAAAAAGCGGGAAAGUGCUACGGCGGCUUCGCCAGGCUGGCAACCUUGAUAAGACAAGCAAGAGCUUCGAGUAUUCCCACCCUCUUUCUUAAUGCUGGGGAUACUUAUCAAGGAACCGUUUGGUGCACCGUUCACAGAUGGAAAAUCGUGACAAAGUUUUUAAAUCUAUUGGCCCCCGAUGCUAUCUCCCUAGGAAACCACGACUUCGACGAUGGUCCAGAGAGUCUCGUCUCCUUCCUCAACGCCACCACCUUCCCAGUUCUCGCCGCCAACCUGGACCUCUCCCUCGAGCCGCAACUCGCCUCCUCAAGAUUGCAGAAGUCUGUCGUCCUGAAUUCCUAUGGUCACAAGAUCGGAGUGAUCGGUUACCUGACCCCGGAGACCAAAUCAAUAUCUCAAACCGGACAGGUCAAUUUCUUGGACGAAAUCGCUUCUAUCAAAAAGGAAGUCCAUCGGCUCCAGGAACAAGGCGUGAAAAUCCUGAUAGCCCUCGGUCACUCCGGCUUCUCCAUGGACAAGAGAAUAGCAGCUGAAGUCGAUGGGAUAGAUCUCGUCAUCGGGGGUCACACCAACACGUUCCUCUACACCGGAACUGAACCUGAUCUCGAAAUCUCGGAGGGACUUUACCCGACGGAAAUCCUCCAAAAGUCUGGGAGGAAGGUCUACGUCGUUCAAGCGUACGCCUUCACCAAGUACCUGGGGAACUUGACUCUUGACUUCGAUUCCAGGGGAGAAGUUAUCAAGAUUGUUGGUCAUCCAGUGUUGGUUGAUGGGAAGAUUGAGCAGGCGAAGGACAUCCUGGAGGAGUUGGAGCAAUGGCGACCGGCAAUCCAGGCCUUGCAGAACCAGACGGUGGGGUACACCAAGGUCUUCCUGGACGGCGACGCAAAAAACUGCAGGAGAAAGGAGUGCAACCUCGGAAAUCUGAUUGUUGAUGCCAUGGUUGAAUAUAAUGCAAUGGAAUAUGGGAAAGGCCAGGGCUGGACUGAUGCGCCUAUUGCCAUUCACAGUAGUGGAACUAUUCGAACGUCACUUAAUAAAAAACCGACAGAGAAUAUUACGAUGACCGAUGUUAUGGCGGUUCUGCCGUUCAAUAAUGGAUUAGGAAAAAUUAAAAUUACCGGGCGACAAUUGAAAGAAGUACUGGAGUGGAGUGUUCACGAUUUAGUGUAUAAUUACACCGCUGAUCUCAAAGGAGCUUUUCUUCAGUUUUCUGGACUGCAGGUGCAUUACGAUUUAUCUCGGCCCAAUGGCGCUCGAGUGGUGGCUGCUUAUGCGAGAUGUAGUUCAUGUAAAAUUCCAAGUUUCAAUCCUCUUGAUGAUGAUGAAACUUACGUCAUCCUUGCUCCAGACUUUUUGCACGCCGGUGGGGAUGGCUACGACAUGCUCAAAGGUUUGGAUUGGGUAGCUUUAGGAGUUACAACAGAUCAGGUGCUCGCCGACUACAUAAAGCGCCACAGCCCAGUGUAUGCCAGGGUAGAAGGGCGCAUAAACUACGUCCCUGAUCAAGAAAACGCGAUUGGAGCCGGCCACGAUUUCACCUCAUUCGUAGCCAUGAUGUUGAUACCAACAACCGCCUUAAUCCUAGGACGAUGA